GGCAACAACUGGCCAUUUGCAUUAGCUGUAGUUUCUAAUGGAGUUGGCUGGCUCGCUGCUCUGCCGCUGACGUCACGGCCGUUGUUUUCCAAUGACGGGCGUUUAGCCGGGGAAGGCCGCAACUUACACUGAUUAGCUCUCCGUUUCUGAGGAUCAACAGCGCCAGUUUUUCCUCUCCAGUCGCUUUUAAUUGCAGAAUUGCCGUGUCCCACCCCCCCUUGCCCCCCCUAUCUCAGAGAGCAUGGCUCAGGAGACGAAUCAGACGCCGGGGCCCAUGCUUUGCACUAUGGGAUGCGGUUUCUACGGUAACCCCCGCACCAAUGGCAUGUGCUCCGUCUGCUACAAGGAACACCUGCAAAGGCAGCAGGGAGGGGGGCGGAGCAGCCCCCCAGGUGAGAAAGCUGCCACUUCUCCAGCAGGGUCUCCAGGAGCACCUACCGUAACUGUGGAGCCGACCCCUGAACCCACGUCGGAAGCAGUCUCCCCGUCAGAGGAGCGCACAUCCAGCUCUCCCAGUCCGGUUACCCAGCAGAUGACGGCAAUGAGCAUCUCCCAGGACACUGCAGCCACUGACUCGGACAGAGCCGACGCCGAGGAGGAAGACGAGGACGAAGGCUCAUCCAAAAGCUCAGGUCCAGUGGGAGAGGCAGCGCAGGCUUCUUCAGACGGAGAUCAGACUCCUGACAAGAACAAGAAGAAGAACCGAUGCUUCACUUGCAGGAAAAAAGUUGGCCUCACAGGCUUCGACUGUCGCUGUGGCAACCUGUUCUGCGCUAUCCACCGCUACUCGGACAAACACGACUGUCCCUACGACUACAGAGGCGCGGCCGCCGCCCGCAUCCGCAAGGAGAACCCCAUCGUGGUGGCAGAGAAGAUCCAGAAGUUAUGAGGACUGAUCACGUCUGAGAGAAACGACGACAAUGGAAGAUAAAAACAAAAAUUUGUUUGACCUGCAAGUUUGUUUUCCGAACAAUGGCGGCUUCAGAAUAAUAGCGUUCUAAAAACGGCUCCAUUUCUUCACGGUAGGAUCAGGUGGGUGGAAUCGCACCUGUCCGGCCGCUCCCUAACCCGGCGUCUCCCCACCUCUCUCGCGGCGACUGUGAGCGUGUGUACGUUUGCGUGUUGUAUAUUUUGGCUGAGAGUCGGGGAGAGCACCCCGGGUCAGGCGGGCUUCUGCGUGCUUUUAUGGGAGGGAGGACUUUUAUUUUUUUUAGUUUUUAGCCUUCUAUGAUUUCCUUUUCUUGGGAUUUGCAUUCAUUUUGAUAAAUAAUGCUCGGAGAUAAGGGAGCAGAAAAUGGGGGACGGAUUGGGGGGGUGAAUUCCUAAUUUUAGUCCUUUUUUUUUUUCUUUAUUUUUGGUUUAAAAUAUUCAUGACGUCAUCAAUUCCCAGUGUAUUUACAGCAGAUUGUUUCUCUUUGAUAUAGGCUUAUUGACUUAUACUAACGUUUGGGGUGCAUGAACCCUUCUGGAUGCAGAUUAUUUUGUGGUAUUCG